GUGCUUAUCGCGUUGACUUGGAUUGAGGAUACGAUGUACUGUCUGCGCUGCAUGCUUCUCGGUAAAAGGCGAGUGCAUUGCCCCCCAGAGAAAGUCAAUUCUAUCCCCAUUCCCCACCUUUAAAUCUCUAGUGGGGAUCUCUUAAAGAUGUCGCUUUUCCUCCUUCCCCCCUCCCCCCCCCGAUUCUUGCGCCCUUUUUUUUCUGAUAGCAUUUGGCGACGAGAUUGCGACGAGUGAGUGUCAGAGUACGGUACCGAUACGUCGACAAUGGAAGGAAGGGUGACGGUCCCGGAGAGGACCACCAUCCCUUCUCCCUCCAUACCGCGAGAAAUCAUGGCAACUAGAGCGGUACCAUUAAUGGCGCAGACAUACGGCCAUGGUGAAAGCAUUGAACGGGCUAUAGAUAGUAACGUGUUAUCUAGUACUGGCGGUGAGGAAUUCGAGGUUGGGUGGGUUGGCGGGGACGCUGAUCCCCUCAAUCCACGGAACAUGAGCAAGUCUCGGAGGUGGCUCGUUGCAUGGGUCGUCAGUCUGGGCGGUGCCUGUGUGACGUGCACAUCUUCCAUGUAUACUUCGACCUAUCGCCAGGUUACGGCUGAAUUAACCGUUCCUCAAUUGGCCGCUGUCAGUGGAUUAUCGCUUUAUGUAGCGGGAUUGGGAAUCGGGCCGAUGUUCCUCGGGCCGCUAUCGGAGUUUUAUGGUAGGAGGCCGAUCUACCUCGUUUCAUUUUCGCUGUUUACGCUACUCCUUCUUCCCUGCGCCCUCGCUCGGCAUAUCGCCGUGCUGCUCGUUUUUCGCUUUUUAACUGGUAUGGCCGGGUCAGCUUUUCUAUCUGUUGCUGGUGGAACCAUGGGGGACAUGUUCAAGGAUGCGGAAGUUGGGGCUCCCAUGAUGUUGUACACCGCUUCGACUUUUAUGGGACCAGGCGUGGGCCCUCUCAUCGGUGGGUUUAUCAACCAGAACAUCAAUUGGCGCUGGACGUUCUGGGUCCUAAUGAUCUGGUCGGUCUUCAUGUUGGCCAGUCUCUACACUUUCGUCCCAGAAACCUAUCACCCAGUCCUUCUCCGAGACCGAGCCGUCUCAUUGCGAAAAUCAACAGGCGACCCGCGCUACCGCGCACCAAUUGAGAAGCUAUCCCGCUCAAUAGCCCCUACAGUUCUGUUGUCCUGCACCCGCCCCUUCGAACUCCUAAUAUUCGAGCCGAUGCUGCUGCUCCUAUGUAUCUUCUCAGCACUCCUCCUGGGAACCCUGUACCUCUUUUUCCAAGCCUUCCCCCUAGUCUUCGCGAACGUACACCACUUUUCCCUGCAGCAAAUCGGCCUGACAUUCAUCGGACUGAUAAUCGGUAUGGGCCUGGCCACAUUAACCGACCCGAUCUGGCAAAAAAACUACACCCACCUAGUGCACAAGCACAACCAAAUAUCUCAACCAGAGUUCCGUCUUCCCCCCGCCAUCGCCGGUGGCGUGCUGGUCCCCAUCGGACUCUUCUGGUUCGCUUGGACCACACUCCUACACGUGCACUGGAUCCUGCCGAUCAUCGGAUCAACGUUCUUCGGCAUGGGAACGUUGCUUGUGUUCUCCGGGAUAUUUACCUUUACUGUAGAAGCAUACCCCGUAUACGCUGCCAGCGCCCUCGCCGCUAAUUCCUUUGCUCGGAGCGCAUUCGCCGCCGGUUUCCCGCUCUUUAGUACAGAGAUGUAUAAACGCCUAGGGUACCAGUGGGCCAGUAGUCUUCUCGGGUUCUUGAGCCUGGCGAUGGCGCCGACUAUGUUUUGCUUUUUUGUCUGGGGGAAAGAUAUUAGGGCUAGGAGUAGGUUUGCUACUGUUGGGGGUGAGACGGGUACUCGUAGAUUGUAGUUAAUGUUUCUUAUAUCAUAAGUUUCUUUUUCUCUUUACCCAGCGCUUCAAAGUAUAAAGGGUAUCAUAAUCAUAAUAUUGCAUAUUAUCAUAUA